UGACGCCGCCGACAAUUGGGACGCGGACAGUUGCCUGAGAAUUGCCGCCCACUGCGCUUGAUAUUUGUCGCGCCGUUUUUUCCCCGUUAGAUUUCACGUUUCCCAAUACCGAUUUCCCCGUUUUCUGGCCGUUUCAUAUAUUUUUUUUUUUUCGCUGAGAGCUGAAAUUCGCGGCGAAAUAAUUUUAGCAACUUGUUAUCCGUCCAUGCCAUGCGCGAUAAAAUAUCACAACUAUUUUGCUUGCAAAAAAACGCAUGCAAAAAUAAUUCAACAGAUAAUAGAGGACAUAAUGUGCCAACAAAAGCAACGAGCAACGGGACAAUGUGUGCCAAUGGGUCUCUUGGAACAGAAGGGCCCGAAGCGCCAGAGACCGACACAUCAGGGACCGGGCGGAUGCGGAAGCCGCUGGAGAGGAAUGGCUCAGCGCAGAACCACACUGUUCACCUCGAGAGAAGGCUGGGCCUCUUCAGUGGGGUGGCUUUAAUUGUUGGAACUAUGAUAGGGUCUGGAAUUUUUGUGUCACCCUCCGGUUUACUGGUUCGCACUGGUUCCGUUGGAGUUAGCUUUAUAAUCUGGCUUGCCUGUGGUCUGCUCUCUCUGCUGGGCGCUCUGGCAUAUGCUGAACUUGGCACAAUGAACACAUCGUCGGGGGCAGAGUGGGCGUACUUUAUGGACGCCUAUGGAUCGGCGCCGGCGUUUCUGUUCUCAUGGGUGUCGACCCUGGUGUUGAAGCCAUCACAAAUGGCUAUAAUAUGCUUAUCAUUUGCCCAAUAUGCCGUCGAGGCAUUUGUAACGGAUUGUGAUCCGCCGCGAGGCGUUGUCAAGAUGGUUGCUUUGGUGGCCAUUGUGAUGAUCCUGUUCGUGAACUGCUACAGUGUCAACCUGGGCAUGGCCGUGCAGAAUAUCUUCACAGCCGCCAAACUGGUGGCCGUGGUGAUCGUGAUCUGCGGCGGUGCCUACAAACUGAUGCAGGGCAACACCCAGCACCUGGCGAAUGCAUUUAAUGGACCGAUGCCUAACGUGGGCGCCAUCGCCACGGCCUUCUACACGGGCCUGUGGGCCUACGAUGGCUGGAACAACCUGAACUACGUCACCGAGGAGAUCAAGAACCCCAGCAAGAACCUACCCCGCUCCAUCAUCAUCGGCAUCCCCCUGGUGACCCUGUGCUAUGCCCUCAUCAACAUCUCCUAUUUGGCGGCCAUGUCCCCCCAGGAGAUGAUCGAGUCGGAGGCGGUGGCGGUCACUUUUGGGAACCGCGUCCUCGGAGCGCUGGCGUGGCUCAUGCCCCUCAGCGUCACCAUCAGCACCUUUGGCAGUGCCAAUGGCACGCUCUUCGCUGCCGGCCGGCUCUGUUUCGCGGCCAGCCGAGAGGGUCACCUGCUGGAUAUUCUCUCCUACGUUCAUAUUCGCCGUCUGACACCUGCCCCAGGCCUGAUAUUCCACUCGCUGAUUGCCUCGGCAAUGGUGCUCCACGGCACGAUUGAUUCGCUGAUUGAUUUCUUCAGCUUCACCGCCUGGAUAUUCUACGGCGGAGCCAUGCUGGCCCUCAUCGUGAUGCGCUACACCAAGCCCAACUACCCGCGGCCCUACAAGGUGCCGAUCAUCAUUCCCGUUGUGGUCUUGGCCAUCUCCGUGUAUCUGGUGGCGGCGCCCAUUUUUGAGACGCCGCGCAUCGAGUAUCUCUACGCCAUGAUCUUUAUAUUCGCGGGCCUGAUCUUCUAUGUGCCGUUCGUUAAGUUGGGCAUGACGCCGAGGUUUAUGAACAAAGUGACACUGUUCUUCCAGCUCCUGCUGGAGGUGGUGCCCACCUCCUCGAUGGCCAUGUUCGAGUAGAUGGACUCCAGCCGAAUGGGGAAUGGAGGACCCAGGAUGAUGAGGAGAAGCAAAUACAUUCACUUAUUUACUAUACAAAACAAGGAUAUAUUAGGAGUGAAGCCAGGGAUGGCGGCAAGGGAAGGGAAGGAGUUUCGCGAGAGGAUAUAGAAAUGAUGGAACGAUAGAGCAACCUAUAUUGAUAUAUAUUGACGUUGUCGUUGACAAAGUAAUGCUAGAGAAACAAAAAAAAAAAACUAUUUGAAAUAGUCCUUUUAUGCUAUGAGCUGGUUACAUUCAAAGAUUAUAUAUAUAUAUAUAUAUAUAUCUAUAUAUAUAUAUAUAUAUAUAUAUAUAUAUAUAUAUAUAUAUAUGUGCAUAUACAGAUACAUAGUACGUAUGUAUAUCUUUAUUGAUUGUGUAUUGUGUAGCGCGUCUAGGCCAAGUUGCAUAGUUGAUACGUACUAUUAUACAGACAAAUCUAUUUAAACAUAUAUUUUUAUGUUUUAGUACUUAGAGAUCCAAUAAAAAAGAACAAAAAUUGAAUAAAACACACACUCACAUACACAAAAAACUGAAGAAUAUCCUUGCCAAGCGGUUGGAAGUGCUGAACGAAAGUCUGAAAAGAGUGGAAACUAGGUUGAGGUUGAAGUACAGUCCCGCCGGGAAUCGAAAUCGAUAUCAAUAUCGAUAUCGUGAUCGAGAUCACCACCAAGUACAGUACCCACCUAAAAAGGCAGCGACUUAAACCAACACUCGCCGCAGAGCUUUUCGCAUCGAUUUGUUAUUAAUUAUUAUUAUUAAUAUAUAUUAUUAAUAAUUUUGAUCCUGUUCCCCAAUCUCGAUAUAUACAAUAUCUGCGUUGAAUGCGAGUUUACCGAUCUAGAGAUCGAUUUGAAUAGCAAUAUUAAUGUGUACAUGUAUGUGACAAAGUGAUGUUUAUGCAACAAAAAACUACAAAAACUAAAAAAUAAAAAAACCUAUUUAAAAAAAAUGGACAAAAAACAAACCCCAACCGAAUGUUUCUAACUUUGGCGCGAAAAGGAGGCGCGUUUUGAAAAUCGUAGGACUGCAAAAUAGGCAUUAAAGAUUUGUAAUUGAUACCAAAACACUGAAAAAAAAAAUGUAAACAAAAAAAUAGCAAAACUCGGUAAACCAAAAAUAAAAACAAAAACCAAAACACUACUAUAGAAUAAUUGCUAAACAUUUUUUUUUUUUAAAUUUUGCAAUCAUAUGUUGGAGCUUUGAGGAAUUCUUUUUUUUUUUUUUUACCAAAGCUAAGCCUAGAAUUUAGAAAGACGGAAACACUAUUAUUACGUAAUAGUACUACUAUUAUUACAAACUAUUUUCGGUUUUUGAUCCUUCGUGAAGGACUCCAUGCACGAGUUAGAAAAAGACAACAGAUGCCGACGCUGUGCCAUCUCGCUCAGAACCAAGCGCCUGGCGCUUGAAAAAAUAUUCAAAAAUAUUGAAAAAUUAAAUAUUUGAGUCUAGUACUGGCCGGAGUCAAAGCAAAAAUAACUUUCUGACAUUUUUUUAAUUUUAUAUUUUAUUGCAAUGCUUCUCGUCUGUCUGAACCGAUUUACAAAGAAGUUAUAAUUACCUAUAUCUAUAUAGAUUUUUUCAAAAAACAUACACAAACUUAAAUAAAUAUUAAAUAUAUAUAUAUUAUAUUAUAUAAUUUGUUAAGUUUAUAAAUAUUAUAAUUUUUUAUUACAAAACUAUUUACAAUGAGCUAAACGGUAACCAGAACAAAUCGAAAAUCUCUAUCUAUACAUGUACCUACCAACUAAUGACAAAAUAAUUGUAUUAUGUAAACCAGAAAUUGAGGAAAUAAAGUUUUUGAAACACA